AGCAGACUUCCAUGAUGGAAUUCCUUCACAGAUCUCUAGUGCUCAUAGCAUUGGUAUGUUUGGUGGCAUGUCUUCCACAAGCACCAGCCAACUGUCUUCUAAAUGUUCCAAGCAAAGAUAAACUAGAUGGGAUUCCUAAAGUAAAUACUGAUGAAGUGAAGGCAGACCCGGCAGUACCUGAGAUAAAAGAUGUUCCAGGCAAAGAAAAUCUAAAUGGGAUUCCUAAAGUAAAUACUGUAGAAGUGAAGACAGACCUGGGAGUACCUGCAAUAAAAGAUGUUCCAGGCAAAGAAAAUCUAGAUGGGAUUCCUAAAGUAAAUACUGUAGAAGUAAAGACAGACCUGGGAGUACCUGCAAUAAAAGAUGUUCCAGGCAAAGAAAAUCUAGAUGGGAUCCCUAAAGUAAACACUGAAGAAGUGAAGAGAGACCUGGGAAUUCCUGGGAUAAAAGGCAAAGAAAAUCUAGAUGGGAUCCCUAAAGUAAAUACUGAAGAAGUGAAGAGAGACCUGGGAAUUCCUGGGAUAAAAGGCAAAAAAAAUCUAGAUGGGAUUCCUAAAGUAAAUACUGUAGAAGUGAAGACAGACCUGGGAGUACCUGCAAUAAAAGAUGUUCCAGGCAAAGAAAAUCUAGAUGGGAUCCCUAAAGUAAAUACUGAAGAAGUGAAGAGAGACCUGGGAAUUCCUGGGAUAAAAGGUAUCCUGAGAACUAUUGGUAUUGGUGGUGGACCAUCGCUACCUAAGGCAGGCAAAAAUGUCCAAGGAUUAGUUGAAAAGAAGUCACUUUUGCCUAGCUUGAAAAAAACAGGUGCUCCUGCCAUACCUUGUACUUCAACAUUGGUAGAGCUUUGUCAACGGGUCAACAAAAUGGAAUCAGCACUCAAGCUGCUAGAAUUUAUCCAAGUGGUAGGAGAUAAAAUGAUAGUGAGCAGUGGAAAGAUUGAGGAAAUAGAAAAGUCCCGUGCUGCAUGCCAAAAAAUCGGUGGCCGUAUGGCUAUUCCCAAGAAUGAAGCAGAGAACAAUGGCCUCUCAUUCUUUACAAAGAAGCAUAAUCAAUAUGCAUACGUGGGUUUGAAAGAAGGACCAAAACCUGGUGUCUUUCUGGAUCCCAAAGGAAUUCCUGCACUUUACACCUCCUGGAGCAAGAAAGAACCCAGCGGCCAAGGGCAAGAAAACUGUGUGGAAAUGUACACUGAUGGCAAAUGGAAUGAUAAGGGCUGUAACCAAAGACGCCUCACAGUUUGUGAAUUGUAAAUCAUAUGAAGACAAUUGUGGUCUUUCUUUGUUUUUUUAAAGUGACUGCUAAUUAAGUAUCACCUUCAAAUAUUGCAUAUGAAUUAUAACGUAUUGUUUGCUUAAUAUAAAAAAAAUAUUUACAUAUGAGUAUAUGUUAAUUUAACUUAUAAUGUUUUAUCACAAGAUUAAUGAUUAUUAUAUACUUUACAAUAAUCAUAUUCACAAACUGUAACUGAGCUUGUUCUGUGACUAUGAAAUAAAACUAAAAGCAUAUCAUGUU